AUGAGUCAGGGACCACAAGUGAAGACUCGCAUUGUUGCCAGCCACAGGACUAUUCACCCUGUGAGACAGGCACGGAGCUGCCGCCACAGGAUUACCCGCCCUGUGAGAGAGGCACGAGAGGAGUUCCUCGUUAAGGAAAGGAGCUCUGUUGACCAAAAGUUUCUCAGCUUUGCCCGAAGUGACGAGAAGUUAAGUGGACUCCAUUACAGCUUGCAAGUGUCAGUUCGAGAUCCCUGCAGGCCGAGGGCACGAGACAUGUGCAGAGGAAAGGGGCUGGGUGCGGGCCAGUCACUGAGAAGAAGGCGGCGGCGGCGGCUAAAGGCAGGAGUGCCGUGGGGGCCGGCCCGUGUUUACCCAGUGGCGGCGGACGGCGGGCGCGGACGCGAACACCGGCGCGGCGGCACGAUGGUCAUGGCGCAUUUCGUCGAAAAUUUCUGGGGGGAAAAAAAUUGUGGCUUUGAUGUCCUCUAUCAUAAUAUGAAACAUGGACAAAUAUCAACAAAAGAAUUAGCAGAUUUUGUAAGAGAAAGAGCCACAAUAGAAGAAGCAUAUUCCAGGUCAAUGACAAAACUAGCAAAAUCAGCAAGCAAUUAUUCACAACUUGGAACAUUUGCCCCAAUGUGGGAUGUGUUCAAAACAUCUACAGAGAAAUUAGCAAAUUGUCACCUGGAUCUUGUUAGAAAAUUGCAAGAAUUAAUAAAAGAAGUUCAGAAGUAUGGAGAAGAACAAGUAAAAUCUCAUAAGAAGACUAAGGAAGAAGUUGCUGGAACACUGGAAGCUGUCCAAACUAUUCAGAGCAUAACUCAGGCCCUCCAGAAAUCCAAGGAAAUUUACAAUGCCAAGUGUGUAGAACAGGAGCGAUUAAAAAAGGAAGGAGCCACGCAAAGAGAAAUUGAAAAGGCAGCUGUUAAGUCAAAGAAAGCUACAGAUACUUAUAAACUCUAUGUGGAAAAGUAUGCCUUAGCAAAAGCUGAUUUUGAACAGAAAAUGACAGAAACAGCUCAGAAAUUUCAAGAUAUUGAAGAAACUCAUCUCAUUCACAUCAAGGAAAUAAUAAAGUCUUUGUCAAAUGCUAUAAAGGAAAUUCACUUGGAGAUAGAUCAGGUCCAUGAAGAAUUUAUAAAUAACAUGGCUAACACCACAGUUGAAAGUUUAAUACAAAAAUUUGUUGAGUCAAAAGGAACUGGAAAGGAAAGACCUGGUCUCAUUGAAUUUGAGGAAUGUGAUCCUGCUAGUGCAGUUGAAGGUAUAAAACCAAGGAAAAGAAAGACUUUUGCUUUGCCAGGAAUAAUUAAAAAGGAAAAAGAUGCAGAAUCUGUAGAAUGCCCUGAUGCAGAUUCACUUAACAUUCCUGAUGUAGAUGAAGAAGGCUAUAGUAUUAAACCAGAACCAAAUCAGAAUGAUACCAAAGAGAACCAUUUCUACUCAUCUAGUGACUCUGAUUCUGAAGAUGAAGAACCAAAGAAGUACCGGAUAGAAAUCAAACCUAUGCAUCCAAAUAAUUCACAUCAUACAAUGGCUUCUUUGGAUGAAUUAAAAGUAUCUAUAGGAAAUAUAUCCCUCUCUCCAGCAAUAUCUAGACACAGUCCGGUGCAGAUAAAUCGGAAUUCAUCUAGUGAAGAAUUAACAAAAUCAAAACCACCGGCUCUAUCCAGUGAGAAAGGGACCAGUGAUUUGCUUGCUUGGGACCCCCUGUUUGCACCAUCUCUUGAUUCAUCAUCUUCAACUUCACUAACUUCAUCGUUAUCAGCCAGGCCCACAACUCCUCUUUCUGUAGGCACCAUUGUCCCACCUCCAAGGCCUCCUUCCAGACCAAAGCUUACUUCAGGCAAACUCAGUGGGAUUAAUGAAAUACCCAGGCCAUUCAGCCCACCUGUAACUUCUAACACCAGCCCACCUCCUGCUGCCCCUUUGGCCCGGGCAGAAAGUUCUUCCUCCAUCUCAUCAUCUGCUUCAUUAAGUGCAGCCAAUACUCCAACAGUAGGUGUAUCAAGAGGUCCGAGCCCUGUCAGCCUUGGAAAUCAGGAUACGCUACCUGUGGCAGUUGCCUUUACGGAGUUUGUUAAUGCCUAUUUUAUGGGAGCAGAUCCCACCAAGUGUAUUGUAAAGAUCACUGGUGAUAUGACAAUAUCAUUUCCAAGUGGAAUUAUUAAAGUCUUCACUAAUAAUCCGUCUCCAGCUGUGCUGUGCUUCAGGGUGAAAAAUAUCAGCAGACUAGAGCAGAUUCUUCCAAAUGCACAACUUGUGUUCAGUGAUCCAUCACAGUGUGAUUCUAACACAAAAGACUUUUGGAUGAACAUGCAAGCUGUUACUGUCUACCUCAAGAAGCUGUCAGAGCAAAAUCCCGCUGCUUCUUAUUAUAAUGUAGAUGUGUUAAAGUAUCAGGUAUCAUCAAAUGGUAUUCAGUCCACUCCUCUGAAUCUUGCAACGUACUGGAAGUGUAGUGCUGGCACCACAGACCUCAGAGUGGAUUACAAGUACAACCCAGAAGCCAUGGUGGCACCAAGUGUACUUUCCAACAUACAGGUGAUGGUACCAGUGGAUGGCGGAGUCACCAACAUGCAAUCCCUUCCCCCUGCAGUAUGGAACGCAGAGCAAAUGAAAGCCUUUUGGAAAUUGUCUGGUAUUUCAGAAAAAUCAGAAAAUGGAGGUUCUGGGUCCCUCAGAGCAAAAUUUGACCUUUCCGAAGGCCCCAGUAAACCCACAACUCUUGCGGUGCAAUUUCUCAGUGAGGGAAAUACCCUCUCAGGAGUAGAUAUUGAACUUGUAGGCACUGGCUAUAGGCUUUCCUUAGUAAAGAAGCGGUUUGCUACCGGACGAUAUCUGGCUGAUUGUUGA